UGCAGUAUAAGCACGAAAUGGGCCAGUUGCCCUUCUUCACAAACGCCACCCAAAGCAAGUUGAAAGCCCUAAUAACAUCUCUCUCUCACUCUCUCUCUCUCUCUCUCUCUCGCGAGGGGCACUGACUCUUGCUCCGCCUGUGUCACGCCCUAGGUAUUAAUCUUGUUUGAGUCGAGUGUAUUUUUAGCAUCAAUUUUAUUGGGAGUAUGGAUGGGAACAAACGAAGUUUUUUCAAGAAAACCCCCAGCAUCCAAUUUAAGAAGAGAGGAGACAACAAGAAAGGAAGAUGGAAUAAUUCAAGCCGUGAACAGUCUUCAGGGAAUUCUCAAACUGUGGACACUGUCUACCGUAUACUGUGUCCUUCUAGAAAAAUUGGUGGUGUUAUUGGAAAAGGUGGCAGCAUAGUCAAAGCCUUGAGAGAAGAGACGCAGGCAAAGAUUACAGUUGCUGAUUCUGUUCCCGGCUCUGAUGAGAGAGUGAUUAUUAUAUAUAGUUCUCCAAAGAAAAUUUCAGGUAAGCAGAAUGAUGAUAAAGAUUCAUCUGGGGGGAAUGAAAUGGAGCCCUUGGAACCUCUAUGUGCUGCCCAGGAUGCCCUUUUAAAAGUUCAUGACAGGAUUAUUGAGGAGGAUCUCUUUGGUGGCAUGACAUUUGAUGAUGAUAAUGAUAACAGUGUUGUCACUGCACGACUUUUAGUUCCAAACCAUAUGGUAGGAUGUCUUCUUGGCAAAGGUGGAGAUGUUAUUCAAAGAUUGCGGAGUGAGACGGGUGCAAAUAUUCGUGUUCUCCCUGCAGACCAUCUUCCUGCAUGUGCUAUGAGCACCGAUGAAUUGGUGCAGGUAUCUGGAAAACCAGAUGUAGCAAAGAGAGCGCUUUAUGAAGUAUCGACUCAAUUACAUCAUAAUCCACGCAAAGACAAAUCUCCUCUGACUUUCUCUAUGCCUUUUGGAGGCCAAGGAUUUCAUCCUCCUGGAGGUCCCAUGCCUAGUAUGCUUCCACCAGGAAAUCCAAUGUGGUCCCAUCGGGACUCUAGUCCUCAUGGUAUGCCCCGGCCGUGGGUGGAGAGAUAUGGAAACCAGCAUUCUGGAUUUGAACCAAUGGGUUUCAAUGGUGUUCCUCCUGGAGCUGGAGCUGGAGCUGAAGCGUCAGCAGAGUUCUCUAUGAAAAUUUUGUGUUCAGCUGGGAGAAUUGGUGGGGUGAUUGGCAAGGGAGGUUUUAAUGUAAAACAGUUGCAGCAUGAGACAGGAGGCAGUAUACAUGUUCAGGAUGCAUCAACCGAGUCUGAUGAACGUGUGAUUCGCGUCUCUGCUUUUGAGGCUCUCUGGAACCCAAGAUCACAGACCAUUGACGCAAUUCUUCAUCUUCAGAAUAAAGUUAGCGAAUACUCUGAAAAAGGCAAUAUUAUUACCAGGCUUCUUGUCCCAUCGAGUAAGGUUGGUUGCAUUCUUGGACAAGGAGGUCAUGUUAUUAAUGAGAUGAGAAGGAGAACCCAGGCAGACAUUCGAGUUUACUCCAAAGAUGACAAGCCUAAGUGUGCCGCUGAAGAUGAAGAGCUUGUCCAGGUAUCUGGAAACUUUGGUGUUGCCAAAGAUGCUCUGGCAGAGAUUGCAUCAAGACUCAGGGUGAGAACCCUGCGAGAUGCAACUGCUGGAGCAGAAACUGCUCCUGUUGGACCUGCCCAGAGAUAUGGUCGUGCAGGAAGCAUGCCUAGUAGGGGACUCCCACCAUCUGGCACAAUGGGAGCUGGUAACUCUGGUAGAUAUGAUCCGCUAAUGGUUGAAGGACAUGAAUAUGAACGUCAGAGCUAUCCGGUUCCGCCAGCUGCUGCUGGAUACCCAAAUAUCAAUACUGCUUUGGAUGUUAAGAUUUCAAAUAUUGGAUCAGGAGGGAGCAACAUUUCCAAUGUUGGUGAGGUUGGUGGAGCAAGAGUGAAUUACCAAGACUCUCAAGUUGGUGGCUCCGAAGGUAUUGCCAAGAUCCGGGGUUCUGAGCAUUCAAAUGCAGCAGCACAUCAGUCUUUCAUGGGUUCUGGUGGACAAAGUAUGAAUUAUCAGAACUCCUACCAGAAUAGGAAUGCCCUGCAAGGCUCCCACCAAAACAUGAAUGCUCAGCAAAGCAACCAAGGCUCCCACCAGAACCUGAACGCCCAGCAAAGCCCCUACCAAUUGAGUGGUCAGCCAGGAUCCUACCCCAACAUUAGUGUACCUCAAGCCGCAUACCACAACAUCAGUGCGUAUCAAGGUUACCAGUACUGACUGCGAAUUCGGCAAUUUUGUACCAUAAUUAAUUCUUAUGCAGUUUAAAUUUGUUAGUUUUAUUCCUUGAAAUAGGAUUGUGACGGGUGCUUAUAGAGGCUCACUUAGGAGGAGGUUAUUUAGAUGUGAACUGAAAGAAACAUUUCUGCUCUGCUUUGCCUGGGGGAGUUGUAACUUGUAAGCAUCUUCACGCAGUUCAAGAAUAUUUAAAAAAUUGUUGUUCAAUAUUAGGAUUCCUGUAUAGACAAUUCACCUUGAGUUUAAAAUCUUUUAGAUUUGUUCACAAA